AUGUUAAAGGUCACAACACCUAUUUCAAGAUCAGCUAAUGUUCGAUCUGUUCAUCCUUUAAACAUCCCAGAGUCUGUUGAAGAUAUAUGCUUGAAUCGUGGAAGGAUUCCAAGCACAAUUGUACCAGUUGAUAAUCCUGGUUCUACUAAGCAGACAAUUCAAGAGAGGUGCCAAACAAGAGCUACAGAAGGUGAGCAUAAUUUGGCUUGUGUCCGAUUAGAAGAUGGUGCAAAUCAUACCACUACAAAAUCUCACACAAGAAGGGUUGACCCAUCUUGUAAUGCUCUCAAUGACUUAUCAACUUUUUUAGAAUUAUCCCCGCGAUCCCGCAAUAAAGAUCUUGCCACAUUAAAUUCCAUCCCAGGUAUUUGUAGAGACCAAAAUCUUGACAAUGAUAUCAUUAGAGGUUUAUUUGAUGACAACGAUCGGUCCAUAUCCAUUCUUUUCGACAGUGUUGAGAUUCUUCCUUUGGUUAAUGGAGAACAUACCAAUCCAUGUGAAGGGGAAGUUAAUUCUAAAAAAAACCCUUCAUGUGCUAUACAAGCAAGGCAAGAAGCUAUUAAUAACUCUGUUAUGAAUACUCUUCCUGGGCCUUAUGGACCUGGUGAAGCGCGAUCUCCAAGACUAAUACCGAUGGUUUCAUCUAUCUCAG